GAUGAGUUUGACCAGUAUUACGUGAAGACGAAGGAGCUGUACCUCUCGAUGGUCGACGCAAUGCUGAAGCUAGAUGAUGCGAAUGUGUCCAUCGCCGAGAUGGUGCAGUCAGGCAUCCUGCUGUCCUCGCUUGAGAUGGAGAAGGUUGUGGCGAAGGUCGACGAGUUCGUGAGCACCAUGACGUUUGGCGAAUCCAUCGACGGUGCGGAUGGCGCCCUGCUGACUGCGAAGUUGUCCGAGGCGAAGGCGCUGGUUUCCACGGCGAAGACCAGCCUUCCAGAGAAGCUCACUACGUGGAUGAAAGCUUUGGGCUCGAUCGAAAAGACAGAAUUUGACAUCAACCAGUUUAACGCCAGCAGAGGCCUUGCCCAGCUCGCGUCGUCACUGACUUGCCAGAUGCUGGUGAACCCCCAAAGCCGCAACCAAGUACUCCCCGUGAUGCAGUCUGUGCUGAGCGCUGGCGGCAAGGGCGGUGAGACCCACAAAGACAGUGCUGCCACCAUCUUCAAGGUCGUGUUCGAGACCGUUUCCGAGUACUGCAGGGAUCCGAGAGAGGUGGCCCCGUACAUGAGCAUCUUCAUGAAGCUCGACGAGUCAGAGUGGUUGGAUGACGACAAGAAGAAGCAGCUCUCGAAGGUGAUCGAGGCUUUGAAGUCCUGGGAGCAAUUGGUUCAGCAUCGCAGUGAGUGGGCGGCGCUGGGGGCGGAUGACCGCUCGCGACUCAUGCAUGCCAACGGGGGCCGCGUCGUGAAGGACCUUCGCGGUACGACCAUGGCGAUCGAUUCCACUGGCGUUGUGGGCGGGAUUGCGGGGCUUGUCCAUGACCGCAAGCUUGCAGUGGACGAGAUUGCGACAGCGGCCGAGACGCGCAAGGAUAUCCAGAAUGCGGCUCUCGUGUUGCAGCCCGGGCAGCUCAAGCCGUUUUGCGUUGGCACCGAGAGUUCCGAUCGGCCGUGGGACGAGAACUUGGAGGACGGCAUUGGCAGGCCAAAGGUCUUGCAGCGCGUGGAGGAGACCAUCUUGCUCAUGGGUGGGACGGCGUUCCAGGAGAAGAUCGACCGCGUCAAGAACGCGAUGCUGGCGUUGACCGCGAAGUUCGCUGCGCUGCUGGUGCACAGCUACAAGACGUUCAGUUUGCAGCGGCCGAAGCUGCGCAGGGUCGUGAUGUCGUACAAGAAGGAGAUCAAUGAUUCGGGGUGCACGUCCAGCAUGAGGAAGGGUGUGCUGGACUGG